ACGAUUUAAAAGAGUUAAACAUGCAAAAUUCUGGCUUAAAUCCUUCUUCCUCCAACACAUCAACAUCAACUACGCCAUCCGAAGGCGGUGGAGGUACGGAAGCCAAUGCAUCGGGUCCGAAUGCUUCAAUGUCAGCCAGUUCAACAAACGGCCAUGAUGUAAAACAAAAUGGUUUUGCACAAAAUAAUAGUUCUGAUGAACCAGUUGGUGAAAAUAAUCACGACGAUGCUAAUUCUACAGUUACCAAAAACCAUGCUAUCCAUUUGGAUAAAUCUAACCAAGAAAUAAUACGCUUAAUUGGACAAUAUUUACAAGAUUUUGGUCUUGAUAAAUCGGCUAAAACUCUAAUUGCUGAAUCUGGUUGCUAUUUGGAACAUCCAGCGGCAACGAAAUUUAGAGAACACGUUCUAUCCGGAGAGUGGAACAAAGCUGACGCUGAUCUUAAGGAACUCGAGCCACUUAUCGAUAAUGGCAAACCUUCGACUAUAAUCGAGAUGAAAUUUAUAUUAUUAGAACAGAAAUAUUUAGAAUAUCUGGAUGAUAGUUUCCCGAUGGAAGCUCUACAUGUUCUACGAAACGAACUAACUCCAUUGCAGCACAAUAUAUCACGUGUUCAUCAGCUAUCAUCGUACAUGAUGUGUUCAAAUAACCACGACUUGUAUCUCCGUGCCAAGUGGGAGGGCAAAGGCACACUUUCGCGUACCCUAGUUAUGGAGCGUUUACAAGCUUUUUUGCCUCCUACUGUCAUGAUGCCUCCUCGUCGUUUACGAACUUUACUUCAACAAGCAGUUGAGCUGCAAACACAACAUUGUCCUUGUCACGAUAUGGCUUGGGAAACAAAUAUAGAAAAUGUGUCUUUGCUAACUGAUCAUAGUUGCUCUAUUGAUGGUUUCCCAAUGCAAACCAUACAGAUAUUGAGCGAUCAUUGCGAUGAAGUGUGGUUUUGUAAAUUCUCUCCAGAUGGUCUUAAAUUAGCAACUGGCAGUAAAGAUUCAACGGUUAUUAUUUGGGAUGUUGACCCGUUUAAAUUAACUUUGAAGCAUCGUCGUAUAUUAGACGGGCAAUCACAACUGAGUGUUGCUUUUGUCAGUUGGAGCCCAGAUUCGAAAUUAUUACUUGUUGGUGGACCGGAGGAUUCAUUAGAAGUAUGCGUUUGGAAUGUAGAUGAUGGAAAACUUGUAGUAAAAUUGUCACAAUCAGUUGAAGACAGUUUGUCUUGUGGUGCUUUUAAUCGUGAUGGUACAAAAUUUGUAUGCGGUGGCCAAAAGGGUCAAUUUUAUUUGUGCGAUCUAAACGGAUCUGUGGUGGACUCGUGGGAAGGGGUUCGAAUAAACUGUGUUGCAUUUCGCUCAGACAAUAAGACUAUUUUAGCAUCAGAUAAUCAUUAUCGAAUCAGAGGCUAUAAUUUUGAUAAUCCGCAUGUAGAUUUUGAUAUUCUAAAAGAACCUAACCCAAUUAUGACGUUUACUAUUAACUCUGCUGAUCGGUUAGCACUACUUAAUAUAUCUAAUCAAGGACUGCACUUAUGGGAUCUCGAAGACAAGUGUCUUGUACGUCGUUUUCAAGGUAUUCGGCAAAGCAAUUUUGCAAUUCAUUCUUGCUUUGGUGGAGUGAAUGAAAGUUUUGUUGCUAGUGGUAGUGAGGAUAAAUUGGUUUGCAUAUGGCAUAUUAAGCGAGAAGAGCCCUUAGCUAAAUUAGCUGGUCACACAAAAACUGUUAACUGCGUUUCAUGGAAUCCAGUUUAUCCAUCCUUACUAGCAUCUGCUAGCGAUGAUGCAACGGUACGCAUCUGGGGACCCAAGCCUACGAACACAAACGGCACACCUGAAAGCGAUGACUGUUCUUCAUGUUCAUCCUCAUCUUCAUGGAACAUGACGUCAUAACUGAAGAUACGUAAUUAUAAUUUACGUUAUUAAGUAUAAAAUAGAUCAUUGCACCUGAACUGAUUUGUGUAAUGGUAUAGUUUUAUUUAUAAUUAAUAAUCGUUGCUUAAGCCGAGAGCAAUAUUAAAAAAUCUAGUAUAUUUACAAAUAUAUAUAUAUAUAUAUGUAUAUAUAUACGUAACCUAUUCGUUUUGCAUUUUAAGAUAACUUACUAAUGCCAUGUCCACAAUAUUUCACACGGGGAAUUUAAAAUACUUUAAAAAUUUUACUUGAAACGUGGUAUGGCC